GGUAAAGUACAUAGUCAUCAAGAAAUUUGACGAUCAAAACUACCAACAAGAGUUGAGGCCAAGUGGGAUAUCAACUAUAUAUCAUCAUCAUCAUCAUCAUCAUCCAUGGAUAUAACUUUACUGUCCGGAUGUCCUGUACAUAACUACUACCUCCGUUUUUUAAAAAAUUUUACAGUUUCGGAUUUUUUACUUGAAAUAAAAGGUUUUUGUGACGGUAUAUUUUUAGAGAUUUUGGAAUAUAUUUGAUAGGAAGAUAUUAUUGUAAUUGAUAUGAUUUAUUAUUGCUUCUUAAGAUAGAGUUUAGUUUUAAGUAAACUCUUUGUAAUAUAAAGCCACGGACAUGAAUGAGAAAGGCAAAGGCAAUUAAGCCCAAAACUAAUUUACAUGGUAUCAGCCUAGGUAAAUUAAACACACAGGCACAACCAUGGCUGGAGACGAAUCGCCGCCGCCACCACCAACACUUGAUCCUUCUUCCCCGUUCUAUCUCGGUCCUAAUGAUAAGCCCGGAGAUUUUAUUACUCCAACCCGCCUUCAUCAUGAGAAUUACGAUGAUUGGGCAAGCGAUAUACAAACGGCGAUGGAAGCUCGUCGUAAAUUCGGGUUCUUGAAUGGAACCUACACAAAACCAAUUCCCCCUUGCACUCAAUCUGAUUGGAUAGCACUCAAUGCUAUGUUAAUCUCAUGGAUCAUGAAUACAAUCACUCCAGAGGUUAAAACCUCCAUCUCAAAAUACAGAGAGGUUAAGCGACUAUGGGAUACACUCAAAGCUCAAUUUGCAGUUGUUAAUGGGCCCCGUAUUCAGCAACUACACUCGUCCAUCGCGAGGUGUGAGCAGACAAAAACGAUGACCGUGGCUGCCUACUACGCCAAACUCAAUGUCUUGUGGGAAGAACUACAUAAUCACGAACCAAUAAUAGAGUGUGCGUGUUGUACUUCCUGCACGGCAGGCUCUAGGCAUGAGGAGAGGCGAGAAAAUGGGAAGCUACACCAAUUUCUGAUGGGCCUUUAUUCUGAUUACUAUGCUCAAACGAGAGCUAACAUUCUAUCACAAGAUGCUUUGCCAUCAUUAAACCGUGCAUAUCAGCUCGUUAUCCAGGAGGAAAGGGUGCGCAAAGCCCGACAACCCACCGAAGAUAGAGCACCUGAGGUUCUGGGUUUUGCUCUUCGAACCGACAGUAGCAGAGGCCGUGGUAGGGGAGAUAGGGUGGACAAAUCCCAUCUUACUUGUACACAUUGCAAGAAAACUGGACAUGAAGUCUCCCAUUGUUUUGAAAUAGUUGGCUAUCCAGAGUGGUACGAAGAGAGGAUGAAAACUGAUGGAGGCCGAGGCCGAGGCAGAUUUGCAGGUCGUGGGAGGGGGCAGUCCGUGCGUGCUAAUGCAGCAUCGACCAAUCAUGAUUGUGUUCCUAAUGAUGCAACAACUUCUUCCAUUGCAGGAAGCAGUAAUUCCUCCUCAUUAUUUUCUGCCGACCAAUGGAAAGUACUCACUGGAAUGUUUGGUAAUGUUAAAAUUCCGGAUAACAGACUAACCGGACCGAUCGAAGGAGGUGAUUGGAACGGGUGUUAGGAGGGAUGGACUAUACUACUUCGGGGGAACAAAUUCCGUUCAACAUAUCUCUGUCACCGGUGACACAUCUACUUUGGAAUUGUGGCAUAGAAGAAUGGGACAUCCUUCUGAAAGAGUGGUGAAGUUACUUCCUCCUGUCCAAAAUUGUAGGGGUAGUUUGAAUAAAGCAUGUGAAAUAUGUUUUCGUGCUAAGCAUUCUAGGGAUAAAUUUCCGAUUAGUGAGUCUAAAACUACUAGAAUUUUUGAGAAAAUCCAUUGUGAUUUGUGGGGUUCCUAUAAACAUUUGUCUUCAUGUGGUGCUCAAUAUUUUUUUACUAUAGUAGAUGAUUAUUCCAGAGCCGUUUGGAUUUAUUUGUUAC